AUGUCACCGCCAGCACCUUCCUCGCUAGAUGAGCGCGAGCUCGAGAGGUGCAUGGCGGAGCUGGAGAUUCUUGACGACCAGCUGGCCGAUGAGCGACUGUCGCGGAAACCACACUUUCUCGAUUACGACAACAAAUCGCCGGGCGAACUAGAGGACCGGCAAGAGCCAACCCUUGGCGCUUCGUUACCAUCGCCCACAGUGCCGGUCGUGAGCCAGUUCCGAUAUCUUCCAAAUAAUGGCAAAGAGGUGCCCAUGGAUGACCUAGCUCAUCAGAUGAACUCAUCCUGCGAUACUGUACCCGUCGUGUACCCGAAACCAUCGCCUUUCGGUGGCACGUGGCCGAUGAAGGAGCGCGUUCGCUCGGCACGAAACGGGUCUCAGCUGCACCCGGUGGUCGGCUCGGAAGUUGGCCCGAAAAUGGAGUGUGUCUAUUCGCUGCUCGCCAUGCUAGGGUCAACGAACGUGUUGGAGAUGUCGAACAAGUUCCUGGAGCUGUCGCGCAGUGACGAAAAGUGUGCCGCCCUACGGCGGGCCGGGUGUGUACCGAUGCUGGUGCAUAUCAUCCACAACGAUCCGAACGAACAUGCGCGCAAGAAUGCGCGGCUGGCGCUGGUAAAUGUGAUUCGUGCCAACGGUGAGCGAAAUGGUGCACGACGCGAGUUGAAAGUCCUUCGCCUAGUGGACCAUCUCAUCGAUUACGCCGAAAUGCUGAAGGAACAGCAUGCUACUAUGGUGCAGGACGAAUUCAAAACAAAGCAACGGCCAGCAGCCAAUGUACCGGAAGAACAGGAACGGCGACCGAUACAGGCGAUCUGUACCAUGGCAAAGAUAAGCUACGACGAGGAACACCGACGGGCGAUGUGUCAGUUCGGGGCACUGCAAACCAUCGCGUCACUAAUCCAGCUCGACCAUCUCGUACAUGGCACGGCCACGGACGUAUCGCCCAAGUGCAUCGAGCUGCGCCGCUACGCGAGCAUGGUGCUGACGAAUCUAACAUUUGGCCAGGGUAACAACAAGGCACUGCUGUGUGCUAACCGGGAUUUUAUGCAGGCACUCAUCGCACAACUCGCCCGCAUCGAGCUGGUCCAGGUUACCGCCUCCGUUCUGCGCAACUUGUCCUGGCGGGCCGAUACCGUAACCAAGCAAACGCUGGCCGAAAUCGGCACAGUACGCAUCCUAACGGAGGCCGCCAUGCACUGCACAGUGGAGAACACGCUGAAAUCGAUUCUUUCCGCGCUGUGGAACCUGUCCAACCACUGUGCACAUAAUCGGUCGAGAAUCUGUGAGGUCGAGGGAGCGCUAGAGUUUCUGACCGAUUUGCUCACCUACGACGCACCGAGCAAGACGAUGGCUAUCGUAGAGAACGCUGGUGGCAUCCUGCGCAACAUUUCGAACCACAUCGCGCAAUCUGACAGCUACCGGCAAGUGUUGCGGCGAAAAGGCUGUCUGAAGAUUUUGCUUGAUCAGCUGAAAUCGCCCAGUCUGACGGUGGUAAGCAAUGCCUGCGGUACACUCGGCAAUCUUUCCAGUGGCAGCCCUGAGGAUCAACUGUUCUUGAGGGAAAACGGUGCCAUAUCGAUGCUGCGGUCACUCAUUUACAGCAAGCACAACAUCAUCUCGAGCGGUUCUCGGUUGGCGCUGCGAAACUUACAGCACCAGCCGCACCUUCGUGGGCCGUGCCCAGGAACUGUGACCCUGGUGGCUGACGAGAAUGGGGAUCAUUACCACGCGGCCUCGAAAAUGGCGGUGGCAUCGACGGCGGUGCCACUGAACGCGUUCGAAGCCCAGAAAGAAUUGCCCAGUCUAAACGUUCGAAAGCAGCGUGCGAUUGAGCAAGAGCAGCUGGAGAGUGCUUUCUUUGCCAAACCAAAUGCUUCGGUAGAGCGAACGGAAGAGGACGAACUGGAGACGGAUGAUGAUGAUGAAGUGAAAGUGCAGAUGGAGGAUUUAGUGAUGUCGAUGCAGGAGAAGGAGGACGAAGGAGGAGAGGAGCGUGAACUGGUAAAGAGCGAGGUGGAAGGCUUCGAUCAGACGGAAAACGAGAGUGACACGUCCGUACGCUCUCCAGAGCCAGUACCGUCGCAACAGUCGAUCAGCUAUGGACUGCUGGAAGACUUGCAGCAGACUCCUUCGUACGACUACCAGGAGACGGACAUCGAUCAACUAACAGACUACUCAUUGCGCUAUGCAGAAAACCAGUCAGAUUCGGACGAAGGGAACGCAGAACAGGAUGGCGAGCCUGGUGUAGAGGACCGAGUAGAGCACUGUGAAAAACCAUACCAGGCUGACGCGGUGGUCGGCAUGCUCAUACCGGAGGAUUCAGUCAAAUGUUACUAUACCGAGGGUACUCCGCAGAUUAUUUCGAGCGCAACAUCGAUGAGCGAUCUGCGGAUGGUAGCAGCGCCGAGUGUGAAAACGACGGCAGUCCACAAAUCGAAUCCUAUUCCGAUCAGCCAACGAAUGAGCGUGGCCGGUGCUGGUCCUGCGGUUGUUAGUGUCGGCCGUACUGAUGAUCUCGGGAGCAACACGCCUGACAAACCGUAUAACUAUUGCGAAGAAGGAACGCCCGAUUUUAGUCGCGACGAUUCUCUCACUAUCCACGAGCUCGAUGAUGCUGAGAUGGCGACGGAGGUGUUCAAGGAGGACGCUGGGGAACGGGGAGUUGGCAAAGGGACACCGACGGCUCCACCAACCGUUCUCGAUCCUAUAGACUCGAUGCCCACGCCCAGUGUCGGCGCCGCCAACGCUUCCGCCACAGACUCGGCCGCUGUCAAAUCGGUUUCCUUUCUCAACACAGCGGAAGAAACUCCUCUGAUGUUUUCGCGUACCAGUUCGAUGGGUUCACUGUCGAGUGCGGAACCUGUCUGUACCGACGACAAGAGCUCGAUCGUGAGCGAGUUCAGCCGACUAGCGUCGGGCGUAAUUUCACCGUCCGAACUACCAGACUCUCCCACGCAAACGAUCGCCCACUCGCCACAUCGUGCGGCGGGGCUCGGUGAAACGGCGCGAGAAAACAUCCUUGUUUCAAAGCAGUGCGCUGGUGAGGAACAAGCGAAGGAUGAAACAGCGGCUGUAGUGAUGAUGGUUGGUGAGAUACCAGAGUCGGAGAACCCGCACGAAGCUGUACCGAUAUCGAAAGAUACGUUUGCGGAAGCCGUGAAUGUCAAUUUUCAAGUCACACACACACCGGCGCUGUUCUCGUGCUCUACAAGCCUUAGUAACCUUAGCAUCGAAGGGGACGAAGCCAAAAAAGUGGACGGUGCAAUAGGUCAACAUUUGAAGGAUAACAGAGGCGAGCAGGGCACAUCUAAAGGUAUGGCGAUGACGAUAGCACCGUUGGUGGAUUCUGGUGCGCGCCCUCCGCCAGUACUUCCACAUCCAGCGACCCUCGUAACAAUGGGGUCUAAUGGCAUUGAAGGAGGAAACGUUUCCGAUGGAGAUUCGGACGCAGGAGGUGAUGACGAGCUGCUGGCUUCUUGCAUCAGCAUUGGCAUGAGCAGUGUGGUAGCUCGUAAUGCGACAACGAAAAAGAAUAAGUCCGUGACGGCCUCGAGAAUUUCGCCGCAGCUGCCAUUUCCAGCCGCGCCCGGAACGCCGGGCAACCAGAGCAGCGAACUCGAGAAGCAAGUACCGAACGGAGUGUUGCCUUCCGACCAGGUGCAUGGGCAAGGCAAUGAUUCGGACGAUAGUACUUCCGGGGGCAUGGCUGAAAACAGCGACCAGUUGGUCGAGGAGUGCAUAAGAACUGGAAUGUCGAAACCGAAGCAGCAGCCACCGGCAGAAGGCAAAUAUAAGCCUCCGGAUCGAGGUACGGACAGGAGGUCGUUGCCAUAUGAAAAUGAACACUUAUUCCGGAUGAUGCGAACGACAGCACUGCCAACAUUACUGGCCACUGAUGAGCUAAAUCCGUUUCACGUGGAAAAUAGUCCGUGCAAUUUUUCCAUCGCUUCCGGACUCUCCGAUCUGACAGUUGCUUCCGAGACAAAUACGGGUUUAAAGCUAGCCCAUUGCAGGAUGUUUGAUGUUUCGUUCUUAUCGAAAUUAUUUCUUCUCCCUAGAUUGGAAGAUAAUCAAGAACAUUCAACAUUGAGCGCUACGCACGAUUCAUUGAGCUCACUGUCACUGGAGUCCGACAAUGAUGAUCAUAUACUCGACGAAGCGAUUGCCGCAGGCAUCGGCUCUAAGGCCCAGCAUAGCGGAUCGCGUCUCCCGAUGAUGCAAGCAGCAGCCGGUCACAUAAAUAACUCUGCCGACGAUGCCGCCGAUGACGAUUCGAUGGAUUCGAUCGAUUCGAUAUUCGCCAACGAUCCACAAAACGAUUCGUUGCUCGAACAGGCCAUCGAGACGGGGAUGAAGGGUGGCAUGAUGACGGAAUAUGGACCGAUCACCGGGUACGAGUUUCAAGCCGGUAUGCUGUACGGUACCAUUUCGUACCAGCGCGAGCCGGAGCCAGCGGAAAGUUUGUCUGACCGGCACGAUGAUGAUUAUGAGCUGCUGGCUGAGUGCAUCCACGUCGGGAUGCAAGGAAAGUCCCGGACGUCUGGCACGAGUGGUACUGCAGUGACGCAGGAUUCGAACACACAGAAAGCUCCUGGUGGAGCAAGACGAUCGCAUAUCGCCCCCUAUUCUUCGUCGAGCUCCUAUCCUCCGCCGACGGCCAGUUGUGAAACCGUGCGCGUCAGAAAGUUCCAGAGGCCAAAAAACGUGCAAACUACGCCUGUGAUGUUAACGGUUGCCGGUGCCGCCGAAGCAUCAGCAGGCGUAGUAGAGCGCCAGGCAAGCUGGCAAACCACACAUCCACUCGGAACAUCGGCGAAAGUGAAGCCAGCGGUGGGACCGGUGGCGGCGUUAAGAUCGUCCACGAACAUACCGGCUCCUUCGCGACGCUAUCAGCCUACCGCUAUCAACAACAUCCGCAAUUCCGUCAGCAGCAACCACUGCAAGAGCACGGUGAACACCAGCACGAACGCCAUCAUAACCAUCAGCGGCAGCGGCUUGGAUCACGACAACAUCACCGUGCGCUUAUUACCGAGCAGCGAGUGGAUGAACUUACGGUACAACCGGCAAGUGCGGCUUCAUUCCGCCGCCAUUACCGCCACCAGUGGCAUACACGUGGCGCCGACGAGCGGCGGUCCGAAGGCAUCGGGCGACCGUUCGGCGUCGGUAGCGAAUGGGUGUGAGCAGGCUGAAAAACAGCCACAUACGGCGGUCGCGAUUGAAAAGCACAAAGAUCCAAAACAGAUGCUGCAAUCCGUCGAGCGUCUUACCGAGCGGCUGGUGUCUCGCACUCAAUACUUCCGCCCGGUAGCCGACGACGGUAACAGCGUAGCAAAGCAGAGCGAUGAUGGGAUGGAAAAGAGCGGGGGAGCGAGGACAGCAAUACCGAAGAAUGUAACCACCAGUCGACCAUCGAAACACCUCACCAAACUACCUAAACAACUUUCGCGUAGGUCAUCAGUGACCAAACCAGGCCAGAUAAGACACCGGCCUGCACUGUGCAUAGUGAAGACCGCUACCGCUGUUUCACGUCCUACUCCUACACCAUGUACCGGUCGCACUGCAGGUGCCACUACCAUCGAACCCAAACCAAAGCCAUCAACCGGAGAAGACCGUAAGCGGUAUGGUAACGUGUCAGCAGCAUCACCAACAUCGCAAAAACUUGACAAACUCUCUAUUCGUGAUACGAAAUUUACCACGACAACACAAGUGCUAAAAUCAAAACCUACGUUGGGUUCCGUGACUGACUCUGGCAAACGACGGCUUAGCGUUUCUGCCACAACAGUUAAUGUCGACCGGACGCGAGCAGCGUCUGCCUUGUUUGAAGAGAAAAGUAAACGCAAGUCAUUGGUUCCAGCUAUGUUAGCAACCACUUCAGCAUCCGUUAGUUCUAAACAUCGGCCCCCUACUCUGCCGGGAGAGGCUAUCUUCAAACGAAAGACGAACGCUACGCCCAUGGCAGCCAAAGCACGUCCCGCAAUUGGACCGGGGGAACAAGGCAGUCGCUCAAAACCGAAUAUGGCGGGAGAUAUAGGAUGUUCAGCGCUUGCUGCUCCGUUCGAAAAGACUAAGAACAAACUUCCAACAGCGAGUGGAGGAAUAGAUAACACGGAAGUGUCGGCCAAACUACGUCAACGAACUUUCGUAUUCGAUCGACCGAAGGUUGUAACAAACGGUCCGCACUUGCCCGUCUCAUCCUGGAUUCUAAAGCGUCGUGUUCCUACACCGGCUCAAUGCGGUGGUGUUGCUAACGCAGGAAGCGUAGUGACAGACACUCAUCGGCAAUCCAACCAGUCAAUAGCCGUCGUCGAACAUACGACGGCUACCGAACGGAUUCCCAAGAUGUCUCUCCCGAUGUACGGAAAUUUUUAAAUUCGAGCACAAACAGCCUAGCAGACAGAAUUCUUGCGGAUAAUAGCUAAAUUAUUUCCCCAUUACAUUUUCGUAAGUGCAUACUCUCUAAGAAAAUAAAAUCCCACCACGGUAAUGACACCUCAAAAUGGCAUGACUCGAGCAGGUUCUUUCCCAUAAGUCGGGAAAAACUGUACACUAUUGUUCAGCGUUUCCUUUCUGCAGUGAUGUUUUAAAUGAAUGAGUCGAGACAUCACACGGGUCCUGUACUGCCAUAUCUAACCUUCAUUACCAUUGUCCCCGCUCUUAUUGUGCGAUCAAACGCGGUGUUUCGAAUGCCCAACACAUGAUGUUUCGAUCAAGCAAUAUGAUACGUACAUAUACAAAAGCAUAUCCAAUUACACAUUAAAUUAUGUUAGUGAUGAGUAUGAGCCAUCUUCACCCAAAACUUGCUAACUCAAU